UGCCAAACAAAAAAGCCACGUUGACGAACUGGGCAAAAGUCUGCUGCUGCUGUUUAUCCCAGAAAAGCAAAGGAAAAAUAGAACUAAACGAGUGUUAGAUUACAGAUGUCUUCGCCUCCGAAGGAAAAAAUCGAGACCAAAGGUGGACACCUCCCGGCUGGUAUUAAACCUUAUGUUGCUUUUUACAGCACAAACAACAUCGCUUUUGUUUUCAUGGUUCAACUGACGUUGUAUCACUGCAUACGCAUUAGGCCUAUGUCAAUAAUUGCGUUGGGCAACGUUAGUUAGAUACACACUGCUCAAGUAGCUAGACUAACGUGUGUGCUGUAACGUGCUGUGGAACGAAAUCUGAAAGCUUACUAAAUUAAUUUGUUUGCCUGUCGCUAAGUCCGAUUUCCGAAUGACGCACUACGCCAAUGAAUGUACAUUGAUAUCUAACGUUACACAUGUUGCCAAUGUUUUAUUGACGGAGUGCCAUCAAACCUAGGCCUGUAUCUUUUAUUGUGGCAUAGUUAGUAUAGUGGAAGCUACCGUGUGAAGUCUAGCCUGGGUGCCAAUCUUUUUGGCUAUCAUUCCACUUCAUGCCACUCCUUGUUAUGCUAAACAGGUUUGACAUGACAAUUCCAUAAGGAGUUGGCAAGAGAGCAGAAACCGACUGGCACCCAGGCUAUGUAGCUAAAGUCUGUGGGGGAUCUGAUAACACCUAAGGAGUAGCCUACGUGGACAUAGAAAGUAGGGCACAUAGCCUACGUGGACAUAGAAAGUAGGGCACAUAGCCGUAACUGACUAAAGAUUACCAUAGCCGUAACUGACUAAAGAUGACCAUAGCCAUAACUGACUAAAGAUGACCAUAGCCAUAACUGACUAAAGAUGACCAUAGCCGUAACUGACUAAAGAUGACCAUAGCCGUAACUGACUAAAGAUGACCAUAGCCGUAACUGACUAAAGAUGACCAUAGCCGUAACUGAUUAAAGAUUCUCAUAGCCAUAACUGACUAAAGAUUACCAUAGCCAUAACUGACUAAAGAUUACAAGUAGCUACUAGCUAAUGUUGCUAGGUCUGUCAGGUGGUGAAAAUACAUGAUCUCAUUAGCAGGAUAUGCCUUGUCUUAAAAUAAUCUAAGGGUGUUUUCACACCAUUUUUGUGAAUUUAGAAAUGGGUUCGCUUAAUUUUUUUGUCCUGUGUAAACACUCAAAAGAGCCCUCGAACCGAACGGAGACCAUCUCGAGAGGGGGUCUGAGUUCGGUUCGCUUGAAAUCCUCGGUCCGGUUUCCUUUAGUUAGGGCAAUGUGAACACAAAGCUCCCCAGGUUCGUUUGUCAUUAUUCCCACACCACACACUAGACAACUGCAACAUCGUUUCCCCCUCCAUAACCCCUCACAUUGGUGUCACAAUAGAGAGAAGAUGAUUAAGUGUGGGUUUGCAGAAAAAAAACUUGUGCUGUUUUGGGACAUUGAUUAGCAAUGGUCAAUGAUGCACAGAAAUGCCAAAAUAUGAGUUUUUAGUUGAGAUUAUUUGUUUGCAAUAUGUGAUCUAUAGGUUAAGAGAGCUUCAUACGAUGUUUAUUCGCUUGUGGAAUCACAACAUUGGGUACAAAAUCAAUUCUAGCUCUUAAAGGGUCAGUAGCCUACAUUGGGUGUACAACUUUCAAUUACAGCAUUAUUUAAGCUGCAGUUAUUCUUCUGCUAUUUAUUCUGUUACCAAUAAUAUUGACAUGUUAAUAGUAUCUUCUGAUUACAAUGAUUAUGUCUUAUCUUUUAACUAAAUGCAAUUUUUUAGCUUCCAAAAUGUAGGUAGGUGUAUAUAGCUUUAUGAUAACACGUUCGGAUGGAAUGACUUUUCCUCCACAUUGUAAAAACCCAGACUGCAUUGAGUGAAUGUUGGAAAAAUAUAUUGGUUCCUUUCUAAACAUAGCAAUGUGAAUGCAAAGAGGACUCUGACCACAAAAUAAACUCAGCAAAAAAAGAAACGUCCUCUCACUGUCAACUGCAUUUAUUUUCAUCAAACUUAACAUGUGUAAAUAUUUGUAUGAACAUAACAAGAUUCAACAACUGAGACAUAAACUGAACAAGUUCCACAGACGUGACUAACAGAAAUUGAAUAAUGUAUCCCUGAACAAAGGGGGGGUUCAAAAUCAAAAGUAACAGUCAGUAUCUGGUGUGGCCACCAGCUGCAUUAAGUACUGCAGUGCAUCUCCUCCUCAUGGACUGCACCUUAUUUGCCAGUUCUUGCUGUGAGAUGUUACCCCACUCUUCCACCAAGGCACCUGCAAGUUCCCAGACAUUUCUGGGGGGAAUGGCCCCUCACCCUCCGAUCCAACAGGUCCCAGACGUGCUCAAUGGGAUUGAGAUCCGGGCUCUUCGCUGGCCAUUGCAGAACACUGACAUUCCUGUCUUGCAGGAAAUCACGCACAGAACGAGCAGUAUGGCUAGUGGCAUUGUCAUGCUGGUGGGUCAUGUCAGGAUGAGCCUGCAGGAAGAGUACCACAUGAGGGAGGAGGAUGUCUUCCGUGUAAAGCACAGCGUUGAGAUUGCCUGCAAUGACAACAAGCUCAGUCCGAUGAUGCUGUGAUACACCGCCCCAGACCAUGACGGACCCUACACCUCCAAAUUGAUCCCGCUCCAGAGUACAGGCCUCGGUGUAACGCUCAUUCCUUCGAUGAUAAACACGAAUCUGACCAUCACCCAUGGUGAGACAAAACUGCAAAUCGUCAGUGAAGAGCACUUUUUGCCAGUCCUGUCUGGUCCAGCGACGGUGGGUUUGUGCCCAUAGGCGACGUUGUUGCCGGUGAUGUCUGGUGAGGACCUGCCUUACAACAGGUCUACAAACCCUCAGUCCAGCCUCUCACAGUCUAAACACUGAUAGAGGCAUUGUGCGUUCCUGGUGUAACUCGGGCAGUUGUUGUUGCUAUCCUGUACCUGUCCCGCAGGUGUGAUGUUCGGAUGUACCGAUCUUGUGCAGGUGUUGUUAAACGUGGUCUGUCACUGCGAGGACGAUCAGCUGUCCGUCCUGUCUCCCUGUAGCGCUGUCUUAGGCGUCUCACAGUACGGACAUUGCAAUUUAUUGCCCUGGUCACAUCUGCAGUCCUCAUGCCUCCUUGCAGCAUGCCUAAGGCACGUUCACGCAGAUGAGCAGGGACCCUGGGCAUCUUUCUUUUGGUAUUUUUCAGAGUCCGUAGAAAGGCCUCUUUAGUGUCCUAAGUUUUCAUAACUGUGACCAUAAUUGCCUACCGUCUGUAAGCUGUUAGUGUCUUAACGACCGUUCCACAGGUGCAUGUUCAUUAAUUGUUGAUGGUUCCACAUGUGUAUGUUCAUUAAUUGUUUAUGGUUCAUUGAAUAAGCAUGGGAAACAGUGUUUAAACCCUUUACAAUGAAGAUGUGACGUUAUUUGGAAUUUUACAAAUGAUCUGAAAAAGGGAAGUUUCUUUUUUUGCUGAGUUUAGGGGGUUGUGAACUGGCAGAAGAGUUGAGUCCUCAUUAAAAGGCAAGGGCAGUGUGAAUGCAAAGAGAACGGAGUUCUUUAGCUUCUUUUUUUAGUAUUGUUUUUGACCAAGUGCGCCAAAUCUACCUCUUCUGCAGGUGGGCCUGUAGCCUUUUAGGCUAUCUGGUUAUCUGACUGUCUGUGGUUAAUUUAACUGCUUUGGUGAAUGGAAUUCUUUGUUGUUGCGCCUCAGUCUUUUAUCCACACUAUACCCUAAUGCAGCAUUUCCCAAACUCGGUCCUGGGGAUCUCAAGGGGUGCACAUUUUGGUUUUUGCCCUAGCACCAGACAGCUGAUUCAAAUAAUGAAAGCUUGAUGAUGAGUUUGAUUAUUUGAAUCGGCUGUGUAGUGCAAGGGCAAAAACCAAAAUCUGCAGCCUUUGGGGUUCCCAGGACCGAGUUAGGGAAACACUGCCUAAUGUGUGUCGGUGUUUGUAAAUGUAUAACAGUGGUAAAGGUAUGUAUGUGUGUGUUUUGUGUGUGUGACAGUGAAGGCAGGGGGGAUGAGGAUAGUGCAGAAGCACCAGGGAGCAGCUCCACCUGAGCCCCCUCCUGUCAAGGACAAGGAUGACGAGGAGUUUCCGGAGGAGCCUAGGUAAAACACAACACACACUGAACUUUGGCCCGUGGCCUCUGCAUGUGGAACAGCAUGACAGGUUACUCUUGCUCCUUAUAUUAUCAGGCCACACACCACACACAUACAUACAUAGUCCUUCCACCAAAUAAUGUGUUUAAUUUUUAGAACUGGUAAGAACAUUCCACAAACUUGAAUUCACCAAAUAACCUAUGAUGGGCCGGUAGCUGUGCUAGAAGAGAAAACGGCCAGGUCUGAUGCUUCAAUAUCUGUUCAUUUUCAUCCCUUCACAGCCUAUUGUCAACCUGAGGUCCACCUUGUUUUUCUUAGAACAUGUCAUUAUGGCCUAUUUUUGUGUGUUUUUUCUGAACAUGUGUUUGAGGCUACAGUUUAUCUGUUGUAUAUGUUUGAGGCUAUACUGUGUUGGAUAAAUGCAUGGUGGUAGAGGAGGAGGAGAGUGGUUGGUGUGUGGACCACAGAGAGAGUCUUACCCUAUGCCACAGCCUAAAGAGGCAGGCUGCUAUAACAGCUCCUGCCCCGGGUCCUCUGGAGAGAUCAGAGGCGGCUGUGAAAGUGCCCAUGUGAAAUGCAGUAGAAAUCCUCUCUGAUGCGGGCAGCUUGGCUCUUACGCUGGCUCUGGCUUUCCUUCAGUCGCUCAUUAAAGAGCAAGGUUAGUGUGUGUGUCCACUCUGUUGAGAGCAGGUGGAUGAUGUGUAGCAGCCAGUGGAGCGAGGUCGCCAAGGGAAUGCCUGUCACAUACAAUUUAGACCUAGAUGGAGGGAUGGGAGGAAAUGGAGAGAAGUUUACAGUAAAGGCAACAGAGAAUCGCCAUAUGCACUUCCUGUACACAGCCUGAGGGACGGGACCAACCUUAACUCUGCAGCUCUUUCUUUCAUCUUGCUCUCUCUCCCACUCUUCCUCUCUUUCCCCCUUUUUUCAUUCUCCCACCCCUCUCUCUUUCUUUCUCUCUUUCCCCUCUCUCUCUUUCUCUCUUUCCCCCUCACUUUCUCUCGCUCUCAAGGACGCUAGCUACAAUAUAUAGGUAACCUUAAGUGUGUAUGCUACGUUAAGUCUCUCUGCUGCCCUGCAAACUUCCAGAGGUAGAAGCUGAGGACAGCUUUUUACCUCCGGUAAUGGUUCUGCUGCUACACCAGACAGGACUCGUUUCUCAUGUCAAGGUCCAUUUCCAUCUCGGGAUCCCCCCCCCUUCCUUUCCUCCCUCUCCCCUGCUGUGUGAGUUGCAAUGUAGAACCAGUCCGUUAUUAAUGGUACUCAUUUAUCAGGGGGGCAGGCAGGUCCACAGCAUCACAGUACUGUGGCUGAGCUCAGGGCGGUCUCUCUCUCUCUCUCUCUGUGUCUUUCUGUCUCUCUGUAUGGGAUACUGGCAAGCUGCAGUCUCUCCUUCUGGAGUUUAUACUAGGCCAAUUUGUUCCUUUCCGUAUCUCUCUCUCUCACUCACUCUCUCACACACACCGCGCAAACAAACAAGUUCUCACACAAGUGCUCACACACAUUGACUCUACUUAAUCAGUGUUCAAUUGGAUCAAACAGAAGUGCUUUCUGUUCCUGUCUUUUAUAACACCCUGAAAGAGAAACUCCAGAGUUGAUGGUCAGUGUUUUUGACAUUUUCACUGGCAUGGCGUAGUCCCCUGUAGCUCAGUUGGUAGAGCAUGGCGCUUGCAACGCCAGGGUUGUGGGUUCGUUUCCCACGGGGGGCCAGUAUGAAAAUGUAUGCACUCAUUAAUUGUAAGUCGCUCUGGAUAAGAGCGUCUGCUAAAUGACUAAAAAUGCAUGCAUUCAUUAGGCAUUUCAUCUCAACAAAAUGUGAUCGUGUCUCUUCAAAGUAUUGACAUUGAGGUAGGAGUCUGUUUUUUAACCCCUCAUUUCUUUCUUUCCUUCUGUCUCUCUAGCCCACCAAAGCCCACUGUGGUCGUGUCAGGAGUGGUUACAAAGGUAAGACCAAAGUGUGUGUGUGUGUGUGUGUGUGUGUGACCCACCCAGAUGUCCUUGACAGGGUCAGAUAGGGCUGGAAGGCUCCUAGCGUCGUGUUUCCUCUGGACACACAGAUUGUUGGAGAGAGAUCCCAGAUAUGACCUCGGACUGGAUUCUUCACCAACGCACACACACACUAAGCUUAGCCUACCCCGACCCCUAGGAUAUUCCCAUUUACCCCCCUCCCCCCUUCCACUCACACUCCAUACUUACCUCCUAUCUAAGCUCACCCCCCCUGGGGUCUCUACUUACCUCUAUCUGUACCUCUAGGCUUGCCAUUUAUCCUCUUUUUGUCUGUGCUAUCAUACCUGCAGGCUGUGACAGCCCUUAAAUAAAGCCUGACGAACCAGGGGGCAGCUGCAGAGAUUACUUUAUAUUCUCCCACUGAGAUGACCUUAGAGGAGAGCUACAUCUCCCUGAUUUAAGGCUAGCCUUACUGCCUCUGAUCUGUAUUUGUUGAGGUUUGGUAAGCUAGGCAUUAACACUGUUUAAAUUCCACUCAGUUAUAUUGCCUUCCUAUGGAGAGAGAUGUCUCCCUGUACAUACUGUACAUUUCUCUCUCUUGACCUCUCAUUCCAUCUCUUCUCCACCUCUCUACAUUCUCUCAUCGCAUCACACUGAUCUUCUCCCCUCCCUUCUCUCUCAUGAUACACACCCUCUCCUUUCUCUCUCUCUCCACCUACCCUUCUCCUCUUUCCCUCCCUCACACUGAUACACACCCCUCCCUUUCCUCUCUCCCUCACACUGAUACACCUCCUCCCUUUCUCUCCCUCACACUGAUACACACCCUCCUCCUUUCUCCUCCCCUCACACUGAUACACACUCCUCCCUUUCUCUCCCUCACACUGAUACACACUCCUCCCUUUCUCUCCCUCACACUGAUACACACCCCUCCCUUUCUCUCCCUCACACUGAUACACACCCUCCCUUUCUCUCCCUCACACUGAUACACACCCCUCCCUUUCUCUCCCUCCCCCACACUGAUACACCACCCCUCCCUUUCUCUCCCUCACACUGAUACACACCCCUCCCUUUCUCUCCCUCACACUGAUACACACCCCUCCCUUUCUCUCCCUCACACUGAUACACACCCUCCCUUUCUCUCCCUCACACUGAUACACACCCCUCCCUUUCUCUCUCUCCCUCACACUGAUACACACCCCUCCCUUUCUCUCCCCACACUGAUACACCCCCUCCCUUUUCUCUCCCUCACACUGAUACACACCCUCCCUUUCUCUCCCUCACACUGAUACACACCCUCCCUUCUCUCCCUCACACUGAUACACACCCCUCCCUUUCUCUCCCUCACACUGAUACACACCCCUCCCUUUCUCUCCCUCACACUGAUACACACCUCCCUCUCUCUCUCCCCCACACUGAUACACACCCCUCCCUUUCUCUCCCCCACACUGAUACACACCCCUCCCUUUCCUCUCUUCCUCACACUGAUACACACCCCUCCCUUUCUCUCUCUCUCUUCCUCUCUCCUCUUCCAACCUCCUAUAUACAUCCCCAUCCUAGUUUGACCCUAUUCCGCUGUGUGUGAGUGCGUGUGCGUGCAUUCCCGUCCGCGUGCCCAGAGGUUUAUAUAGAUUAUGUAACCUUCCAUCUGGCCUCCCUACUGCACCAUAAUAUCCAUGCAUUUAUUUAUGUUUACAAACAAACCAAAACAACGUUGACUCAUUUCCAGAACAAACACAACAUAGACCAUUAACAUAUAUUUCCUUAUAGAGAUUAGGCUGUAUGCUAGUGACCUAGAGAAUUUAUACAGGAGUUUUAUUGUACCAGCUCCAGGUUCUGAGAGGUGUCAUGCCCAGAUUCAGGCCUCCUAACCUGUGUAAUGGGGUGUCUGUCACCCCCCUGGAUCGUAGGUGUCUUAGAUCUAUAGGAGUUAUGGUCAUAAACUGAAACCAUUCCCGACUAUACAUUGCACAACAUUAAAUCGCAUGCAUGCACAGAAACACACAGACAUGAUAUAUAAAAGUGUGCGUGUGUGUGUUCUCUUCAUACUGCUGUGUUAGCCUUUCCUAGAGAUUUGAAGCUGGUGAGUCACUCACAGCCAGCACAACUCUGUUAUCUAUCAGCCUCAGAUGUAAUGACCACACCACUGUAACACAUUACAGUACACUUCUGGAACACUACACACUUCUGCUGGGGGAGAGAGGGAAAGAGAGUGAGAGGGGAGAUUAUGAAGAGCAAGGGGCAGUUUACAUUAUGAGCUAUACUUUCACCCUCUGUCUGUAGGUUGAAUAUGACCCUCACCCUAUGGUAUUAAUGGACUCUAACUCUAUUAAAGGACUAUUACUAACCCUUAUUAGGACCAUGACCUGUCUGAGAGAGAAGACUGCCAAUCAAGUUCUUUACAGUCUUAACUCUAGCACUACAUUGCCUACAAUGUGAAGCAAUGCAAUGGAGUGUAAACAGUAAAUGCGUUUGAUUGUGAUGGGCUGUGGCAUCGGAGUAUUGAAGGGGAGGAUGUGUAUUUGUGGGCUGGGUUCUUGGAACAUCAGAUCGAGGGUUUAGAUAGAACCUGUUGGUAGACACUCCUGGGGAAAUCCAUUUGAAUUCGAUCACUUUUUGACAGCAAUCCCUUUUGAUUUAAACAAAACUUUCCAUAAAUGUCUGCUCAUUUGAUGAAGUGGUCAGAAAGCUCAAAGUUGACCCAUUUUGCAUACCCCACCCUACCAUGAGACAUCCAUGUCUUCAUCACUGGAAAAAAUAAACGGUUGAGUUUGAUAUAAUUUAAAGCUUACAAACAGGGUUAUCAAAUGAUUUAAUAAUUUAUUGAAAUAAAUGUUUUAAAAAAAUAUAUAUACAGUGGGGAGAACAAGUAUUUGAUACACUGCCGAUUUUGCAGGUUUUCCUACUUACAAAGCAUGUAGAGGUCUGUCAUUUUUAUCAUAGGUACACUUCAACUGUGAGAGACGGAAUCUAAAACAAAAAUCCAGAAAAUCACAUUGUAUGAUUUUUAAGUCAUUAAUUUGCAUUUUAUUGCAUGACAUAAGUAUUUGAUCACCUACCAACCAGUUAGAAUUCCGGCUCUCACAGACCUGUUUAGUUUUUCUUUAAGAAGCCCUCCUGUUCUCCACUCAUUACCUGUAUUAAUUGCGCCUGUUUGAACUUGUUACCUGUAUAAAAGACACCUGUCCACACACAAUCAAACAGACUCCAACCUCUCCACAAUGGCCAAGACCAGAGAGCUGUGUAAGGACAUCAGGGAUAAAAUUGUAGACCUGCACAAGGCUGGGAUGGGCUACAGGACAAUAGGCAAGCAGCUUGGUGAGAAGGCAACAACUGUUGGCGCAAUUAUUAGAAAAUGGAAGAAGUUCAAGAUGACGGUCAAUCACCCUCGGUCUGGGGCUCCAUGCAAGAUCUCACCUCAUGGGGCAUCAAUGAUCAUGAGGAAGGUGAGGGAUCAGCCCAGAACUACACGGCAGGACCUGGUCAAUGACCUGAAGAGAGCUGGGACCACAGUCUCAAAGAAAACCCUUAGUAACACACUACGCCGUCAUGGAUUAAAAUCCUGCAGUGCACGCAAGGUCCCCCUGCUCAAGCCAGCGCAUGUCCAGGCCCGUCUGAAGUUUGCCAAUGACCAUCUGGAUGAUCCAGGGGAAGAAUGGGAGAAGGUCAUGUGGUCUGAUGAGACAAAAAUAGAGCUUUUUGGUCUAAACUCCACUCGCCGUGUUUGGAGGAAGAAUAAGGAUUUUUAUUUUAGAUUCCGUCUCUCACAGUUGAAUUGUACCUAUGAUAAAAAAUUACAGACCUCUACAUGCUUUGUAAGUAGGAAAACCUGCAAAAUCGGCAGUGUAUCAAAUACUUCUCCCCACUGUAUGUAUGUAUGUGUAUAUAUAUAUAUAUAUAUAUAUAUAUAUAUAUAUAUAUAUAUAUAUAUAUAUAUAUAUAUAUAUAUAUAUAUAUAAUGAUUUUUUUUUUUUCCUUUUACUGUAAUUUAUCUAAAAACUGGUAAACCGAUUUUGUUCAUAUUCAUUUAUGUUGUAGUUUAGACCCUACUUUUUACAUCAUCUGAGGUUUUUGUGUUGUGCCCGCCGUCGGUUGAGACACAACAUUCUCUUGAAUACUGGGUGGGUGUCAUUUCAAUCAUAGAAAUAUAAUUCAUAGAAAGGACCUAUUCCUUCAGACCACUGUAAUUUAACUAGUACACCAUUGAAAUUGAACUGACAUUUUUACUUCUAAUUACUACCACAAAGAUGGCCACCGGUCUACCCGCUGUCGAAUGUCAACUUACAGUAAAUGGUCGUGUCUAUUCUAUUAUUUAUAUUUCUAUGAUUUCAAUGGGUUUCCUAUGGAAGAUUGACAGUAUAAUUUAAAACAACGGAUACUCCAAUCAAGUCAACGUUAUCUGAUGUGUGGACCUCAAAUCAUCUUUGUGGUACCAUUUGAAAGUCGAAUUUUAAAUUAUAUUAGCAUUUUAGUACAUUUAUCAGCCAAAACAUGACACCCACCCUGUAUUCAAGAGCAUGUUGUAUCUCAACCGAUGGCGGGCACAACAUAAUGUCAUAUGAUGUAAAAUAGGGUCUAAGCUACAACCUAUGUGAAUAUUACAAUAUUUUUGAUAAUUGAUUAAUUUUUUUGUGAACUUUAAAACAACCCUGUUUGUAAGCUUUUAAAUUAUGUCAAUCUCAACCAUUUUAUCUUUUCCAGUGAUGAAGACAUGGAUGUCUCAUGGUAUGGCGGGGUAUGCAAAAUGGGUCAAUUUCGAGCACCUUUAUCUCUUUCAGGUCCAACAGGUCACUUUCUGAGUACUUCUACAAUGGGCAAAUAUGUAUUUACCCUCCUAGGUCUCUGUACUGUACUCUACUGUGUGUACACACACACACACACACACACACACACACACACAGCAUCCACGUGGUAAUUAAUCAGAGAGCCAGAGUAUUUAGAACAGGGCUGUCAAACUAAUUUUGCCCCUGGGUGCUGUGUUCGGUCUUCAAUGAGGUCAGGAGGGCCGUGUUGAAAAUUGGUUGUAUUUCCUUGCUGAUUUAGAAGCAGGUCGAUGCGCUGCUUUUCUUUGUGUAUAAAAUCAUCAUGAUAAACAGAGGGAGGGAAACAGACUGGGGUUAAACAGAUCUGCCAGUGUCAUGUAUUGAAACUAUAGGGCUCUAACUAAAAGGCUGUUCUGUCACACCUGUACUAAGUGGCUGUGUUUCCCAGGGUGAUAAGGACUUCACCCCGGCUGCAGCCCAGGUAGCUCACCAGAAGCCCCAGCCGUCUGUCAUCAAGAUGCCCCAGAACCAGCACCUCACCCAGCACAUCCACCAGCCCCGCAAGUGAGGCUACCGCCAAGCUUACCUUCCCUCCGCUAACUCUGCUACAGUUGGCCCCGCAAGGCGCCAGCAAUCAUCCCAGACACAGCUCUACGGUCAGUUUUGUGUUUACCCCCCUCCAAUGGUUAAGUAAGGAUUUGAGGAGGGGAAACUGAUCCUAAAUCUGUGCCUAAGGGCAAGCCAAUGCAACGCUUUACAAAAGAACCACAGAAGCCAACCUAUCACAGCAGCCUACCGACCAACCCAACAACCACAAACCACUCAAAGAACUGCACAACCAACCAAACAAGCAUGCAAGGAAUUACCAUAAGUGCUCAGGUUACCAGGGAAACCCCUGUUAAGCAUUCCAUGUGAUCCCACUCUCCUCAUACUUAGGCUCUUAUACUGAACAAAAAUAUAAAC